GCUCUGGUGGCUGCUGCGGCGCCCCGCCUUCCAGGCCCCGCCUCCGGCUCCAUCUUGCAGGCGACCAGGGUUGGGCUGUGACGCUGCUACCCCGGGUCAGAAUGUCAUACCCAGGCUAUCCCCCAACAGGCUACCCACCUUUCCCUGGAUAUCCUCCUGCAGGUCAGGAGUCAACUUUUCCCCCUCCGGGUCAAUAUCCUUAUCCUUCUGGCUUUCCUCCAGUGGGAGGAGGUGCCUACCCACCCGCCCCAAGUAGUGGCUACCCAGGAGUGGGCGGCUACCCUGCUCCUUCAGGCUACCCAGCCCCUGGAGGCUAUCCUGGUGCCACACCACCAGGGGGAGUUCCAUCCUAUCCUGGAGUUCCUCCAGGCCCAGGGUUUGGAGCGCCCCCAGGUGCAGCAGGCUUUUCUGGCUACCCACAGCCGCCCUCCCAGCCUUACGGUGGGGGCCCAGCACAGGUCCCACUACCUGGUGGCUUUCCUGCAGGACAGUAUCCUGGGGGACAAGGUCCUUACCCAAGUCAGAUCAAUACAGAAUCCUUUCCUUCCUAUCCUGUUUUCUCUCCUGUAUCUUUGGAUUAUAACACUGAACCCGCCGCAGUGACUCAGGGAGCUCAAGGAACAAUCCAACCAGCGGCCAACUUUGAUGCCAUGAAAGAUGCAGAAAUUCUUCGGAAAGCGAUGAAGGGCUUUGGGACAGAUGAGCAGGCGAUUGUGAACGUUGUGGCCAACCGUUCCAAUGAUCAGAGGCAAAAAAUUAAAGCCGCUUUUAAGACCAUGUAUGGCAAGGAUUUAAUCAAAGACCUCAAAUCAGAGUUAAGUGGAAAUAUGGAAGAACUGAUCCUUGCCCUAUUCAUGCCACCUACAUAUUAUGAUGCCUGGAGUUUACGGAAUGCAAUGAAGGGAGCAGGAACUCAGGAACGUGUAUUGAUUGAAAUUUUGUGCACAAGAACAAAUCAGGAAAUCCGAGAAAUUGUCAGAUGUUAUCAAUCAGAAUUUGGACGAGACCUUGAAAAGGACAUUAGAUCAGAUACAUCAGGACAUUUUGAACGUUUACUUGUAUCCAUGUGCCAGGGAAAUCGUGAUGAGAACCAGAAUGUGAACCACCAGUUGGCUCAAGAAGAUGCCCAACGUCUCUAUCAAGCUGGUGAGGGGAGACUGGGGACAGAUGAAUCUUGCUUUAACAUGAUUCUUGCCACAAGAAGCUUUCCUCAGCUGAAAGCUACCAUGGAGGCUUAUUCCAGGGUGGCUAAUCGUGAUUUGUUAAGUAGUGUUGCCCGUGAAUUUUCCGGAAAUGUUGAAAGUGGUUUGAAGACCAUCUUGCAGUGUGCGCUGAACCGCCCUGCCUUCUUUGCUGAGAGGCUCUACUAUUCUAUGAAAGGUGCCGGCACAGAUGACUCCACCCUGGUCAGGACUGUGGUCACUCGAAGUGAGAUUGAUCUUGUACAAAUAAAACAGAUGUUCCAACAGAUGUAUCAGAAGGCCCUGAGCACAAUGAUUGCAAGUGACACAAGUGGAGAUUACCGAAGGCUUCUGCUGGCCAUCGUGGGCCAGUAGGAAGGAUUUUUAAGUAAAUGAAGCUCUUCACAGCACAUCCUUCAAAGCAGUGGCUGACCUGCAUGCAGCAAUAUCAACCAUCACCAAACCGAAAGAGCUUUUUACUAAGGAUUGUGUCAGGGUAUUGUGCUUGUUUGCACAUGUAGUUAUUGCCUUAAUUCCAAUGUUAUUUUUGUUUCUAAUACAGUUAAUGUGAAGCCAUAUCACAAUGAUGUAAUAAUGCAAUGUUUGUUAGGCAUAAUUCUGUGUUCUUAUUCUAAUCAGGAUCCCAAAUUAAAUAAAAAUCACAGCAAUCUCUAA